AUUCAAAUUACGGUCCAUUUCGUAAUAUCAAACGCAGGGGACCCUGACCUGCGUUUUCUAGAAAGACAUUCCGUGGGAUGGAUUAAGCGAAAAUAAAGAUCGACAAUAGAGCAGGAUCAGAAAGAAUUCAAAAGGAAGCUUAGAUAAGGGACGGAAAGGAAGAAAAUUGUAACAAUCUCAGAGAGAGAGAGAGAGGGGGGCGGGGCGGGCUGGGUGAUGACGAUGGACAGAGAGAAGGAGAGGGAGAUAGAGCUAGAGAGUGCAAUGUACACUAACUGUUUGCUGUUAGGUCUGGAUCCGGCUAUUAUCGGAGUUGGAGCCUCCAAUGGCACCCCUCGAGUCGGACUCUUCCGCCAUUCCAACCCUAAAUUGGGUGAACAGCUCCUCUACUUCAUACUCUCCUCCCUCAGAGGCCCAGUUCAAUCCGCUAAAGAUUUUGACAAGGUUUGGCCAAUUUUUGAUUCGGCGCAAUCGCGUGAUUUCCGGAAGGUUGUGCAAGGGAUCAUUAGCGAGCUCGAGUCGCAGGGUGCGCUUCCUAGGAGCAAUUCAAGAGUUUCUUCACUUGCUACGUGCUGUGGACCAAGGUUUGUUGAACUUCUGUGGCAGCUUUCCUUGCAUGCCUUGCGAGAGGUUCAUAGACGAACAUUUGCAGCUGACGUAGCUUCUAACCCUUUGCCUGCUCCAUUGACUGAUGUAGCAUUCUCACAUGCAGCUACUUUACUUCCUGUUACAAAGGCUAGAAUAGCACUUGAAAGAAGGAAGUUUCUUAAGAAUGCAGAAUUGGCUGUACAACGGCAGGCUAUGUGGUCAAACUUAGCUCAUGAAAUGACUGCUGAAUUUCGUGGCCUAUGUGCUGAAGAGGCUUAUUUGCAACAAGAACUGGAGAAACUUCAUGAUUUGAGGAAUAAAGUGAAGUUGGAAGGAGAACACUGGGAUGAUCUUGUAUCCACUUCAAGUCAGAAUUCUCAUUUAGUUUCAAAGGCUACACGGCUAUGGGAGUCUUUAUUAGCUCGUAAAAGUCAACAUGAAGUUCUCGCAUCAGGGCCUAUUGAAGACUUGAUAGCUCACCGGGAACACAGGUACCGGAUCUCUGGGACAUCUUUGCUUGCCGCAAUGGAUCAGAGUUCUCAGGCACCUUAUUCAGACAUAUUAUCUGGUCAGCCUGCGGAUUUGCCAGCUGUGCGUACGGAUGAAAAUGAGGAGAAUGAAGGAUUUCGUCUUAGCAAUGAGAUGCUUACAAGAGUUGACGAUAGAACUGGAAGAGUCCACCAAACUGUUGAUGUAGCAGAGGUUAUACGGCGAUGGACACAUGCUUUGCAGCGUAUUCAUAAGCAGUCACUUCAUUUGGCAAAAGCAAAUGAUGGAGAGGGUCCAGAUAUAUUGCGUAGUGCACAAGAAGGCGGGUCAAGUGGACAUGCUGAAUCUUUAGCAGCAACUCUUGCAGAGCAUCAGCAACAUUUGGCUAGCUUUCAGGUCCUUAUUAACCAACUGAAGGAAGUUGCUCCGUCAAUACAGAAGUCCAUAUCAGAAUGUACAGAAAAGGUGAACAGCAUAGCCUCCAAUCUUCCUCCGUCAAACAGACAUCAUGGGCAAUCAACAUCCCCUGUUCAAACGCAGAGUAGUGUGAGGAUGGAUGGCAGCACUGAUGAUGUUGGUGAGGUGACGUCAAGAAUAUCUAAUAUUCAGCUUGAUAAGAUGUCAGCCAGUCCUCCCACUUUAAAGCUCCCUCAAUUGUUUAGCUUGACUCCAACUUCUGGAAAAGGUGGAAAUGUGCAAAGGAGGCAUAGUACAGCUCCUCGGACCAGCCAAACUGAGAAUCUUUCUGAAGGGAAAUCUUUGAAUCCUCAUUCAAGUAAUCAAGAAGAGACUUUACCAGAAGACAGUGCUAGUUUCUGCAUCCAUAAUUUGAAGAGGUCAGUAAGAGAAGCAGCAUUGUCGUUGCAGUCCUGCAAUUCAGAAACAUCACAAGACAGUCAUUCUGAUGGAAGUUCUGAGCACUUCUUUGCCCCUCUUUCAGAAACGGGGCUUUCUCAUUUAGAUGCUGAGAAAAAGGCUGCUUCAAGAAAGGCUACUUCAUUGAGGAGUAAAAGAUUAUUUUUACCUCAAAUGGAUGAUUCCUUGCUUGAGAGUCAUACAUCUGAUGGUCAGGAGGAGUGCACGUUGGAUGAUUUUCCAGAUAUGUUGAAUGAAUUGGAACGACUUUCUGAUUAUGACCAUGUGAAUGGGUUUCUUUCAUUUACUGGCUCAAAUGCAACUUCUGAUGCACAGCAGUCUGUGUAUGACUUUGAGGAUGCUCAAGAUCAAGUAUUCUCACCGCCUCUUCUAAUGGAUUCAUCGCUUCUGGCAGAUUCAUUCGAGGACUUGCUGGCUCCACUAUCUGAGACUGAAACAGCCUUGAUGGAGCACUGAAAUGAUAAUUUGGCUAACCCCUGAACAUGAUUGGGAAACGACAUGAUUGCUGUGGUGGGUUGCUCUUCAUACUUUUUGUUGGGACAUCACCUCCUUCAACUUUAAUGACACGAUGCGUGUGUAAUUUCUUUUCUUGGUUUGGUAUGUAUUUACCAUUCUCUAUGCUCAUCGGUUGUCCUUCUGCUUGGAGGGAACUCUGGCACCUGUGUUUUGAUAGCUAAAUUUGGAUCGCAUGUUGAAAAUAAGAGUCCGACCUGGGUUUUGGAAGGUGAAGUUGGCUUUGACCAAGUAAUUGUUGUUUGGACUUGAAUUGUCCUCCUUGGUUUCCUCCGCUAAAAACUGUGACAACCAAAGAGGAGCGGUGGAAUACAUGGUGACAUGAAUUCAUAGCUUGGUUGUGUUUUUGCUUCAAAUUAGCUAACCGUGAUUAAUUCUUGGACUCUGACCAAUGUAUCUUACACUUGUGUAUGAGUUAGGCAUUGUCUCUUGGUGACAUAUCAAGAAUUAAAAAAUUGCAUCUUAUCUUA